UUAAAUUGUCAUCUACCAACAACUACCAAGUCUGUGAUAUCAGUUAGCUGGAAGCAGACGUUAACUUGUCAUCUACCAACAACUACCCAGUCUGUGAUAUCAGUUAGCUGGAAGCAGACGUUAACUUGUCAUCUACCAACAACUACCCAGUCUGUGAUAUCAGUUAGCUGGAAGCGGACGUUAACUUGUCAUCUACCAACAACUACCUAG